AUUUAAAAAAUUUAUAAAUUAAUAAAAUUACAAUAUGUGGUGUUAACAAAAUAACGUUAAUUACAUCCAAAGAAUUAGUUGCAGUUGACAAGACAACUACCAGUCAUCAUUUGCUUCCCACUCUAACUUGUCUUUAACAAAAAAAACUUCUCCGACGAUUUUGAUUAAGGAUCUCUUUAUCAAUAUUUAAGCACAAUGGAAACCUAGUAUCUUCUCCAUCCUAGAGACACAGAGAUAUGGCCUCCAGUGAUAUCAGAGAAUGCUAUGGAGAAACUGAAGUGGAGAAACCUAUGUUACAACACAAAUCAUCUUCACCUGAGCCAUUGAGUUCUCUGCUUGAAGAUACUUUAUCCGAUGGGAGUUUGCCAUACUUCCAGCGUCUCAGGAGAGCUACAUGGAUCGAACUCAAUGUCCUCUUUCGCCUUGCAGCCCCAGCUGUUGUUGUUUACUUGCUCAACAAUGUUAUCUCCAUGUCCACCCAAAUCUUUUGCGGUCAUCUUGGCAAUCUUGAACUUGCUGCUGCUUCUCUUGGUAACAAUGGCAUCCAGAUGUUUGCAUAUGGACUGCUGUUAGGGAUGGGAAGCGCAGUGGAGACCCUGUGUGGGCAAGCUUAUGGAGCUCACAAGUAUGAGAUGCUGGGGAUUUAUCUCCAAAGAUCAACCGUCCUUCUCAUGGCAACUGGGAUCCUACUUACAGUCAUCUAUGCAUUCUGCAAACCAAUCUUGCUCUUGUUAGGAGAAACAGAGUCCAUUGCAUCUGCAGCAGCGCUGUUCGUUUAUGGUCUCAUUCCACAAAUCUUUGCCUAUGCAGCCAAUUUUCCCAUCCAAAAGUUCCUCCAAGCUCAAAGCAUUGUGUUUCCUAGUGCAUAUAUAUCAGCAGCUACAAUUGUAGUGCAUCUGUUGCUAAGUUGGCUUGUGAUAUACAAGUUGGGAUGGGGGUUAGUAGGUGCGGCCUUGGUUUUGAGCUUCUCAUGGUGGGUCAUAGUUGGGGCUCAGUUUGUGUACAUUUUGGUGAGUCAAAGGUGCAAGCACACAUGGCAAGGGUUUAGUCUCCAGGCCUUUUCAGGGCUAUACGAGUUCUUGAAGCUAUCAGUCGCCUCAGCCGUAAUGCUGUGCCUGGAGACUUGGUACUACCAGAUUAUAGUACUGAUUGCUGGGUUGCUCCCAAAUGCUGAAAUUGCCUUGGAUGCUCUAUCCGUCUGCAUGACAAUAGUUGGAUGGGUGUACAUGAUUGCAGUGGGUUUCAAUGCAGCUGCUAGUGUGAGGGUCAGCAAUGAGCUGGGGGCAGGGCAUCCCAAAUCAGCAGCAUUUUCUGUUGUGAUAGUAACAUUAAGCUCUUUUAUCAUUGCCUUGAUCUUUGCCAUUCUUGCACUUAUUUUGCGCCAUGUCAUGAGCUAUGCUUUCACUGGUGGUUCAACUGUUGCUGAUGCUGUCUCAGAACUCUCUCCCUACCUCGCCGUCUCCAUCCUCCUAAAUGGUGUUCAACCUGUUUUGUCAGGUGUGGCUGUGGGUUGUGGAUGGCAAGCAUUUGUUGCAUAUGUUAAUGUUGGAUGCUAUUACUUAAUUGGCAUCCCACUAGGCUGUGUUCUUGGAUUCAAGUUUGAUUUUGGUGCCAAGGGAAUAUGGUCCGGGAUGAUUGGUGGGACUGUCAUGCAGACUAUAAUCCUACUGUAUGUCACAUUCCGUACAGAUUGGGUCAAAGAGGUUGAUAAGGCAAGGAUACGUUUGGACCAGUGGGAAGACAGUAAGGAGUCUCUUUUGACGGAAUAAAAAUAAAGC